CCGCGGCGGCCCGGCUAGCGUGCGGCUCGCCUGCCUCGGUCUCCAGCGCUCCAGGGGCGGGUGGGGUGGGCUCAGCCCGGGCCGCCGCCGCCACCAGCCGCCGCCGCUACCACCGGGGAGAGGCCGAGAGCGGAGCCGGCGCGGGUCCCGGAAGAGAGCGCAGCCACCGGGCGCUCGGUCCCCGUCCCGGUCGAGGCCAGGGGCGCGCGGCGAUGUGAGCCAUGAGCGCGACGUGGACGCUGUCCCCCGAGCCGCUGCCGCCGUCGACGGGGCCCCCGGUGGGCGCGGGCCUGGACGCGGAGCAGCGCACGGUGUUCGCCUUCGUGCUCUGCCUGCUCGUGGUGCUGGUGCUGCUGAUGGUGCGCUGCGUGCGCAUCCUGCUCGACCCCUACAGCCGCAUGCCCGCCUCGUCCUGGACCGACCACAAGGAGGCGCUCGAGCGCGGGCAGUUCGACUACGCGCUGGUCUGAGCCGUGACCUGCCGCUCUCGGAGGGGCCGACCCGACGGGGGCGCCGCCUGGCAGGGAGCGCUCAGGACCUCCGCCCCAGCGCCUCGCCCGAGGGAGGAGGCCGUUAGAGGUCCGGCUCCUCCCCCUCAGACCCCUCCCAUCUUUCCUCCCGGCCUGGCCGGAGCCCCACUUCGUGCCUUUAUCCCGCUCCGUCCUCGCUCCGUAACUCGCAGGCUCGGCUGGCCCCCGACUGGGAAGAGGACCCCCACCCCCACCCCAAGGCGUAUAGGUGGCUCUGCUAGUGUCCUGCCGCCGAGCAUGAGUGUCCUGUCCAUUCCUGGAUGCGGGGGACCCCCGUGUCCCCCCUCCCUCCCCUGUGGUCUGGCCAUCCUCACUCCGCCCCCGCUCCCCCCUUAGUGUUGAGCUGCUCCUGCGGGGCAGGCUCUCCUGCGCCCAUGGGGUGGACGCUGCACACCCAUAUGCCCUGCGCGGCCUGCCCCGGAGACCGAGCCUGGAGAGCACCAAUGGCUGUUGUGUCCAGGACGCGCGGCACCUUCGGUGGGAGGAAGAGUGCGGGCAGGUUCUCCCCAGUACAGGUCAGCGCCCCUCCCUGGCCCUCCUGCCGCUUCCCCCUGCCCCCUUCCCGCAUCCCC